UCACUGUCAAAUAUAAAAUAAUUUUUUUUGCUACUUCUGCUGGCGUGUUAGCUUCGAAAUAAGUAAUAAGAAAAAUCAUUUUUUAAUUAAAAAUUAUAAAAAUGUAUUCCAAUGAUGAUUAUGAACAAGGUUAUUAUGACGAUUAUUCAAAUACAAUGGAUUCAGGUAUGGACAGCUAUGAGCGAAGUUACACAAAAAUGCCUGAGAAUGUAAAACAUUUUCUUUUGAAUUUUCGGGCUGCUAUAAAUGAUGGGGCUAUCCUUGACAUUCAAAAUAUGUACGAAAACACAUUUCCUCAGUUAAGUGACCAUUACUUUGACAAAUGUUCUUGGCCUGAUGAAAAGGAGGUUAUGCAGUUAGUCGAAGGAGAUAAAUUAUUUAUGAUAUUUUAUAAAGAGUUAUACUAUCGUCAUAUACAUGCCAGAAUUCCUGGAGGACCAACAUUGUCCCAAAGAGUUACAUCGUUUUUUAACUAUUGCGAUUUUUUCAAUUUAAUUUUAUCAGCUUCAGAUCCAGUUUUGAUAGAAUUACCCGAUAUAUGGUUAUGGGAAUUAGUUGAUGAAUUUGUGUAUCAGUUCCAAAACUUUGCACAGUAUCGGGCUCGUUCUAGAGAUAAUGCGAAUGAUAAUGCAGUGCUAAACAAUAGCAGUAAUGUAUGGAGUAUUUUAUGUAUACUUAAUGUCUUGCAUUCUCUAGUAGAUAUUUCAAAUAUUAAAAAACAAUUAGAAGUUGCGACGCAAGGAAUUGAUCCUCAGACUGUGGCUGGAAAAUUCGGAAGCCAUUCAUUUUAUAAAAUGUUGGGAUAUUUUUCUUUGGUUGGUCUUUUACGUGUGCAUUCAUUGCUAGGAGACUAUUAUCAAGCAAUAAAAGUCCUUGAACCAAUUGAAAUUCAUAAAAAGUCACAAUAUUCCCAUAUCCCAGCAUGUCAAAUUUCUACAUCAUAUUAUGUGGGCUUUGCUUAUAUGAUGAUGCGUCGUUAUACUGAUGCUAUAAGAACUUUUUCAGGAAUUUUAUUAUACAUUCAACGUACUAAACAAUUGUAUAGCACCCGGUCAUAUCAGAAUGAUCAAAUAAAUAAGCAAACCGAUCAAAUGUAUCAUCUUUUGGCUAUUUGUUUGGUUUUACAUCCUCAAUAUAUUGAUGAAUCAAUACAACAAGUAUUACGUGAAAAAAAUUAUCAUGAUGCUAUGUGCAAAAUGCAAUGUGGCGACCUUGAUACAUUCAAGAAAUUUUUCAUUUCUGCUUGCCCAAAAUUUGUUAGUUUGCAAUCAACAUCUACGGAUCCCACAGAAGAUUACGGAAAAGAACAAAUGGAACAUCAAUUACAAGUUUUUAUGGACGAAGUACGUCAACAAAAAGAAUUACCAAUUAUUCGUUCAUAUUUAAAAUUAUAUACAACUUUGCCAUUGGAAAAACUUGCUUCGUUUAUGAGUCAAAAUUCAGAACAAGUCGAUGAUCGCCAAAUUGAUAAUCUUUUAAUUCAUUUAUUAUGUUUCAAGCAUAAAAUGAAGAAUAUUGUUUGGUCAAAAGGUUCAAGUGGGUUAGAUGGCAAGUUUCAAUCUGGCUCUGAGCUUGAUUUUUAUAUUGAUAACGAUAUGAUUCAUAUUGCUGAUACCAAAGUGGCUCACCGAUAUGGCGAUUUCUUUAUUCGCAAAAUUUUAAAAUUUGAGGAUUUAAACCGCAGAUUGCACAAUAUUAACAUUAAAUAAUUCGAUUAUAAAAUGAUAAUUAUUUUUUAAAUCCUAAUAAAAUUUACUAUAAAGUA